AUGUCCACAAACACAUCCCGCAGCCCCGCCACCGACGAACCCAUUGCAGGGCCGUCGACUACUCCAACCUCCUCUUCGCCACGCCCAAGCGCAGCUGGCGAGUCCGGCAAGUCUCAUGCGAGCCCGUCUCGCGUGGCAGGGGCAUCCAACACCCCGACCCGAUCCAACGCCACCUUCCCCCACCACAUCACUGGAACAUUCAACGUUCCCAAUGCCACCGAGUCAGACGAUGUCUUCGACGAGCCCAUCGUUCCUGCCCCUCCUGCGAGGCGCGGGACGAAGCGUCGGCGGACUGAUGGCGCUGGUCUAUCCACGAGCGGGGCGCCUUCGUCGAAGCGCACAAAGAAAGGAAAAGGGCGUGCUGCAGCCUCAUCACGGAAUACACUGCGCGACGGAGUGGACGAGAACAUUGCCGAUGGAACCCCUUCGUCGGACGAAGGCGUGGCCGCACUGCCAGAUACGGAUAGGCGCCCGAUCUUGGUCGUAGAGGAGUCCGAGCCUCAGGUCCCGUAUCAGUGCGGAGUCCCCGGCUGUACAAUGAAGAUUGGACUGGGCAGAGAGGCGCCCAGUACCCACCUCGAGAAGCACCACGCGCACUUGUCGAGGGUAAGGUGUCCCUGGCCAUCCUGCGCGGAGAUGUCGGCAGAGGUGUCAGCGGGUCAACUGAGCCGCCACAUUCUGGCGGCCCAUGGCCCUUUGACCAUCUGGAGGUGCCCACGAUGCAGGAUGAAGUUUCAAUGGUACUACCGUAAAGACACGGUAGGGCGGCACGCGGAGAAGUGCAAGGGAGCCAAGGAGGGCUCACAGUCAACUAUUUUCGGCCAGCCUCUACCUCGCCCGGGUAGUGUUGCCACUCCAGCGACUCCAGAGCCGUCAUCAUCGGCGGGCGUCUCGAGUGAACGGCCGCCAUCUGCAGGCCCUUUGACCGUAUCAACGGUGUCUUCGCCGUUGCCAUCGCAGAGCGUUACGGACGCUGAGCAAGGAACGUCGGACUCGUUGCGUAUAAUCGCGACUUCUCCGAGACUCACAGGUGUGUCGCUCCGUGUUAGCGACAAUCUACCGACCUCAGGAAUCCCUGCAGUGGCGGAAUCUGCUGAGGUCAUCAUCGAGGCAUCAGUGACCACAUCGGCUAUGUCGACGCCGAGCACACCCUCACCAGGCAGGCAAUCGGCUGGCCCUCAACAGCGCGUUUCUCCCCAACACUCUCCACGUCUCCCAGCCGUGGACAUGCUGGGUACUGCUUCUCCUAGUCCUGGAACGGUCAACAUCGCCGACGAUCGUACUCUCCUUGAGGCCGACACACAGGCAUCUACUGCGGUUGAGACGAUGAGACAAUUCCUGCGGAAGAGGACCUGUUCGCCGCAUGGCUGGUACCGGAAGCGCUGGGUGAUUAGACUGGUCGUUGGGUCGACAAUAUCGUUCUAUCUCCCGAAGGACAUCACCGAGUGGAUGAUAACUGAGGGCAUCGCGUCCCAUUACCAUCGCAUCUACGAGCGCCACAAGAGGAUGCCUGAUGUUCCAGGCGGAAGUCUCGAGCAGGGCCCCUCGCCAGCAUUUGACAAGGAGCUUGUCGUACUGUGCCAUCUUGGAGCGCUAUCAAGCACGAGGAUUCAUGAAGCUGACACUUGCCGCCUCAUCAACAUCGACCGCCUGAUCGUGGUCAUCUACCACUUCUAUCUCAAGUGGUGGCUUGAUGUCUGCAUGGAGCUCAUCGUUAUAAUGUACACUAACGUCGCCAUACCACCUACGGAAAUGUAG